AUGGUGUCGCCGGCGGCGCGGCUGGUGGGGCAGGGCGUGUGGGCGGCGCUGACCGGGGGCUGGUACCACGACCCGGAGCAAGGCGCCUUCACCAACAGCUGCCACCUCUAUCUGUGGCUCUUCCUGCUGACGCUGCCCAUGGCCAUGCACCUGGCUUUUCCAGCAAACUCAAUUACGGUGUUUGCAUACUGCAGCUUGGUGACGGUGUUCUUCACAGUGAUAAAGGUGAUCAGUUACCGUCUACACCUGAUGUUUGAUAAAGGCGAAGUAAUUCAACAAAAGCUAUCAAGAAAAAAUGGAAGACAACAUAAAGAUACAGAAGUUCCAAACAGAAACACAGUUCACCCUUCAGAUCAUAGCAAUAACAGCAGGAAUAAUGGUGUCAUCAGUGAGACCAACCAAGAUGACUCUACCCAAACAAUUCAUGAUAGUUCAAGGGUACAGGCUGUGGACUUGGAGAACUCACCUGGAGCAAUGGAGCUGCCAACACGGGAAACUAUUGAAGAUCUCAGAGGUGUUACAGUAUUAGAAGAUCAGGCAGCACCACCAGUUUCAUCUACCUCACCCUGUGUCAAAACAGACAUAUUACCUGUUUCUACAGCCUCUGCUUCAGGUGCUACCACAUCGCCAAUAGUGACAAAACCAGCUGCUAUGGAAACACUUACUUGUAAUGGAAUACAUGAAGAAGGAGGAGAUGGACAGCCAUAUGGACAGCAUGGAUCCCAAGAUAUUAUUGUGGACAGGGAUGUAGCUAAAAACUUCUCCAAUAUUUCUUCAUCGCAAGGUGAUAUUUUGAGGACUGGGGUUUCUUCAGAGCCAUGGGACAGUGAAAAUUCAGUUAUUUCAGACCAUUUGAGUAAUCCUAAAAGCUAUAAAAGAGAGAAACUGCCUGAUGUAUCACCACAGACAGGCUUUACCAGUUACUGCCCACAGUGCAAUGCCAUUGCAACCAAAGAUCUCGAGCACGUGGAAAGUUCUUGGAAUGGCACUAAUAUCCAUGAGGACCUUGAUUGCUCAGACAGUGAGACUGCUGUUGCAGUUGUGGACAACUCUCUUCCUGGAGAUCAGCUAUGUGAGCCCAUUAAAAUUGUCAUCACAAUGAGUACUACACCAGACACCACCCUCAGAGACCUGUCAGGCUGUGUCCACCUAAAGGCUCUGGCAACUGAGAGAACAAGUUCAGCCCCUGAGUCUGGUAUAGUUACGGCAGGUUGGCCAACUCAGCAAACUAAUGAACAGCUCAGAAUCCCUGUUAUCACUUUUGACUUGUCUGAUGACAGUAAAGGUAAGGCUUUCCCAGAAGUCAGUGAAAGUGAAAGAACUCCACAAGCUUUCCAAGCAGAGCUGUUGUCCACCCAAUGCUCUGGCUAUGAAUCGGGUGAUGCAGUAAAGGAAAGCAGCAAUCCAGCAAAUAGUCCUUUAGAAACUAACACUUGUUCAGAUCCAAGUCGGGAGAAUGCUUCUGAAAAUGUCCAGACUGUGGAUUUAACUUCUAAGGAAGACCUGCAGAACCUAGACCCACAGUCCUGCAGAACUGCUCAUGAAAAGAGGCACAUGCGGGUGCUAAGCGUAGACAGCGGGACGGAUGUGCUUUUAAGUAAGAAUUUCAUGGAGGUAUCUGACAAAGAAAAGACCUUACCAACUUCUAAGUCGGAUCUAGAAGCUAAAGAAGGACAAGUGCCUAAUGAGUCUAACUUUCUAGAGUUUGUGUCCCUCCUAGAAUCCAUUAAUACCUCAAAAAUGAAGACAUCUAAUCAGUCCACUGUCAAAAUGGAGACAACAAAGGAAAAUGGGCUUGUUGGAGAUAGCCAGAUGACGGAGAGAAAAGAAGAAGUGGUGGGAACAGAAAAGCACUGUGAGCAACUUCCUAAACAGGAAAGAUCAGAUGUACAAAGCCAAGAUCGUGCUAGUACUAGUCCGGUGCUACCAGAGUCUGCCAAAUUUGCAGCACUUUACCAGGGCAGCAGGCAAAGGCAGAUAAUCUACCGGGUAACUUCUCAGCAAGACAGCUCUGUCUUGCAAGUAAUAAGUGGACCUGAGGCGUCUGUGCAAGAUGAGCUAUCCGUGGAUGCAAUGCACGUGUUCAUAGAUGAAAAUGGGGAAAUCAGAUCCUGUUAUUUAAAGGCUGGCUGUCAGAAGGAAGGAAAUUUUCGACAUCAGCUAUCAAAUUGUGAUUGUAUUUCAAAUGCUCAUGAAUUACAGUUCAGCUCCUCUAGUACUACUACUUCAGAGAGCCAAGAACCAUCUUCCAGGGAUCAAGCAGCGAGUGCGCUUCAGCAGCAGCUCCUGCUGAUGGUGGCACGAAGGACCCUUUCGGAAAGCCCACGGCAACCCAGCCAGGACCCUGAGGAUUCCGCAUGUUCUUCGGCACAACGGAAGCUGAACAGACAGUUUUACAGAUUUAUUAUAUUCCCUGGCAAAUGGAUCAAAGUCUGGUAUGAUCGUCUUGCCUUGUUGGCAUUGUUGGACAGGACUGAAGAUAUAAAGGAGAAUGUAUUUGCUGUACUUCUAGUAGUUCUCGUUUCACUUCUUGGAUUCCUGACUCUGAAUCAAGGCUUUUGUAAAGACUUCUGGGUUCUGUUGUUCUGUCUGGUGAUGGCCAGCUGCCAGUAUUCUCUCCUAAAGAGCGUUCAGCCUGAUCCUGCUUCACCAAUACAUGGGCACAAUAAAAUAAUAAUCUACAGCAGACCUGUAUAUUUUUGUAUAUUAUGUGGCCUUAUUUUGCUGCUAGAUGCUGGAUCUAAAGACACAAAUCCUCCAGUUUAUACAAUGUAUGGCUUGAAGCUCUUUUCACCUAGAUCUCUCCAGUCAGCCAGAGACCAUGUAAUAGUGUUUUUAUAUUGCUUUCCUGCAAUUUCUCUUCUUGGUCUUUUCCCUCAAAUCAACACCUUUUGUAUAUAUCUUUUGGAGCAAGCAGACAUGUUGCUUUUUGGUGGUUCUGCUGCUGCUGGGUUCGUAUCUGCACUAUACAGCAUUUCCCGAAGCUUUGUGGUUCUGAUUGUUCUAUAUGCUUUCUGCUUCAGUGCAGUAAAGGAACCCUGGGAUGCACAGCACAUUCCAGCACUGUUCUCUGCUUUCUGUGGCCUGCUAGUUGCACUUUCUUAUCAUCUCAGCAGACAAAGCAGUGACCCAUCUGUACUGAUGUCCCUUAUUCAAUGCAAAUAUGUCCCUCACUAUCUGCGUCAACGAUUUGAAGAUUCAUCAGCAGAUCCACUCCCAGAAAAGAUGAGAGAAUCGGUGAAAGAAAUAUUGAAAUCGGAUCUCAUUGUCUGCACAGCGGCUGCUGUUCUCUCAUUUGCUGUCAGUGCCAGUACGGUGUUUCUGUCAUUAAGGCCAUUUCUCAGCAUCAUCCUGUUUGCUUUAGCAUGGACUGUAGGAUUCGUAACACAUUACAUACUUCCUCAGCUUCGCAAGCAUCACCCCUGGCUGUGGAUCUCCCACCCUAUACUUAAAAGCAAAGAGCACCACCAACGGGAAGUGAGAGAUGCUGCACAUUUGAUGUGGUUUGAAAGGCUCUAUGUGUGGCUUCAGUGCUUUGAGAAAUACAUUUUGUAUCCAGCUAUAAUACUGAAUGCCCUCACCAUUGAUGCUUUCUCAAUUAGUAAAUACAAGAAGCUUGGCACACACUGUGAUAUUAUCCUGAUAACAGUUGCUGGGAUGAAACUCCUCCGCUCCUCAUUCUGUAAUCCUAUUAAUCAAUUUGUUACUUUGAGCUUUACUGUAAUCUUCUUCCGCUUUGACUACAGAGACAUUUCAGAAAAUUUCUUACUGGAUUUCUUCAUGAUGUCCAUUGUGUUUCAUAAGCUGUGGGACCUACUGCAGAAGUUGCAAUUCAUCAUGACAUACAUUGCACCCUGGCAGAUUGCCUGGGGGUCGUCGUUCCAUGUUUUUGCUCAGCUCUUUGCAAUACCUCAUUCUGCUAUGCUUUUUUUUCAAACCCUGGCCACCUCAGUCUUUUCUACACCACUGAGUCCAUUUCUUGGCAGUGUCAUCUUUAUCGCAUCAUACGCAAGACCGAUCAAGUUCUGGGAGAAAAACUACAACACCAAAAGAUCGGACCAUUCCAACACCAGACUGGCAAUUCAGAUCGAAAAGGAUGGAGGAAAUGAUGACAAUAAUCUCAACUCCAUUUUUUAUGAGCAUCUGACAAGAUCUCUGCAGGAGUCUCUUUGUGGAGAUUUGAUUCUGGGCCGAUGGGGAAACUACAGCACAGGAGACUGUUUUAUUCUGACAUCGGAUUAUUUAAAUGCCUUUGUACACUUGAUUGAAAUUGGAAAUGGCCUUGUCACCUUUCAGCUCAGAGGGCUGGAAUUUCGAGGGACAUAUUGCCAGCAGAGAGAAGUGGAAGCUAUAACAGAAGGAGAUGAAGACAAUGAAGGCUGCUGCUGUUGUAAGCCGGGGCACUUGCCUCACUUGUUGUCAUGUAAUGCAGCCUUUAACCUCCGAUGGCUGACAUGGGAAAUAACACGAACCCAGUACAUCCUGGAAGGAUAUAGCAUCAUUGAUAACAACGCUGCGACAAUGCUGCAAGUGUUCGAUCUGCGGAGAAUACUUAUCAGAUACUAUAUAAAGAGUAUAAUAUACUUUACAGCAAGUUCUCCCAAAAUCCUUGAGUGGAUAAAAGACGAAUCCAUCCAAAAGAUAUUGCAGCCUUAUGCAAAGUGGCAUUAUAUUGAACGUGACCUUGCAAUGUUUAACAUUAACAUAGAUGAAGAUUAUGUUCCUUGUCUCCAAGGAAUAACAAGAGCUAGUUUCUGUAGUGUUUAUCUGGAUUGGAUUCAGUUCUGUGCAAGAAAAAGGGUGGAGCAUCUGGACAGCGAUGAAGAUUCUCCUCUAGUGACACUUUCCUUUGCCUUGUGUAUACUGGGUCGAAGAGCUUUGGGAACUGCAGCUCACAAUAUGGCCAUCAGCUUGGACUCUUUUCUUUAUGGGCUUCAUGCGCUGUUCAAAGGAGACUUUCGGAUAGCGGCAAAAGAUGAGUGGGUCUUUGCAGACAUGGAUCUGUUGCAUAAGGUUGUUGCCCCAGCAAUCCGAAUGUCUCUGAAGCUACACCAGGACCAGUUUACUUGCCCAGAUGAGUAUGAGGACCCAGCAGUUUUGUAUGAAGCAAUCCAAUCUUUUGAAGAAAAGGUAGUGAUUUGUCACGAAGGGGACCCAGCCUGGCGCAGCGCUGUGCUUUCCAACAGAGAGGAGCUGCUAACCCUGAGACAUGUGGUAGAUGAAGGAGCAGAUGAGUAUAAAGUUAUCAUGCUCCACAAAAGCUACUUGAGCUUCAAGGUUAUCAAGGUCAACAAGGAGUGCGUCAGAGGGCUUUGGGCUGGGCAGCAGCAGGAACUGAUAUUCUUACGCAAUCGUAACCCGGAGAGAGGAAGCAUUCAGAACAAUAAACAGGUCUUGAGGAACUUAAUUAACUCUUCAUGUGAUCAGCCACUGGGAUAUCCAAUGUAUGUUUCCCCUUUAACCACCUCGUACCUUGGGACACACAGCCAACUGAGGAAUAUUUGGGGGGGACCUGUCAGUUUGGACAACAUUAAAAAGUGGUUCAAAUCCAAAUGGUUAAGAAUGCGGAAGGACUGCCAUGCAGCUCACCAUGAGAGAGGAAACGUUGAAGAGGUAGACGGUGUAGGGGGUUCAUCGUCUAGCAGCAAUCGCACAGGCAAUUCAAGCCAGAGCAGUAGCUCACAGCCUACCAGAGAUGGAACACCUCAGUUGCAAGCUUCAUCUCAAGAGGUCCACCAGCGUGCAGGCAGGAGAAAACCCAGGAGUCAGUCCAUCCAGGCACACACUGCUUUAAACCAAAGGCCUCCUGCUUCCAGUCACUCUGGACCCAUUGUAGAAAACUGCCAGCCUUUCAUCCAGACAUCUACAUCUGCCCAUGAAAUUGCCCGAAGGCUUUCUAGUAGUCAGCUGUCACUCCACAACUCAGCAACAUCCGUGUUUUCCCAGUCCCCAGCUGUUCCUGUUGCAGGCCAGCUGACUGUGCAGGACAGAGCUGCAGCAAUGCUCAGGUCCAGUCUGGCCUCUUCCACCAGCUCAACUCUCAGCCUGCUGUUCGGCAAGAGAAGUUUUUCAAGUGCUUUGGUGAUUUCUGGGCUCUCAGCUGCAGAUGGAGGUAACACCAGUGACACCCAGUCAUCCAGCAGUAUGAAUAUUGCCAUGGGUCCAUCUGCUAGAGCAGCAAGUCAAACAACUCGGCAACUCACCGAAACUUGUGAAGCAACCGAUGCUACAGAAUCCAGACCACGGCGAGAGGCAGGUCCAGCCCAUGCCAUCUUCAUGAGUCAGAACCUGGAGUGCAGGAGGGCCAGCCAAGAAGAUAUGGCUCUGGAAGACACUGCUUCCCAGCAAAGCCUGUCUGAGGAGCAAUAAGGAGCAUUUCUAGCACAAGAGCCAUGUGGUUCUUUGCAUUAAAGACAAGAGUCAGGUCAGGGAGCUGCAUGGGGGUAGGUUCUUUCAGAUGUAACAAGCAACCUUCAAAUGUUUAUUUUUGUAACUUCUACACAAGAACACUAAGGGGCAGAUGUUCUUCCGCUGAAGGCCUUGGCAUGGGUAGGGUUUGUAAGAUGUCCUAAAAAACACACAGUUCCACUUCAUCUCAGGUUCUUGUAAAUCCUAGAACAAUGACUACAACUUGUUCAAUGUUCCUUCCCCUGGAACGGCUGGGAUCACAAAUCAAUACGGUGGAAAAUAAUACAACUCAGUGAAAAGCACACAAGACAUCUCUUUCCUGCCAUAAUUAAACAGCUGAUUGCAUGCAAACUAACUGGCAUUUGAUAUAUAACAUAUAGCAAAAGGCAGCUUUGAACAGGGGCAGUGAAUAUGUAAGAGGAUAGUACAACAUAUACUAUAACUUACAGCUACAUCUGAUUUUUGUUGAGCUUUUUUUUUCCAACAGCAAAUCUCUUAUUUUUCUUUAACAUGUUCUGCAGGUGGUAAUUCUGAAUAGCAACAUAGCAUCACAGAUUGGUAUGCUGCAUGCAUUCAGCCAUACUGAAAUAUUGUGUGAACGAGCCAUCCUACACAGAUUAACAGAAGUCAAACACAAGAAAAGAAAGUAUCCAGUGCAUGGAAAGUCUUCAAAGCAUAUGGUGCACCUUAUUUGCAAAGAAAGCAGCUUUGCAUAAACAGCUGCUCUUGCAUAUUAUCUCAUGCUCCUGGUUGGUUUACAGCAGUGUUUCUCAAAUUUCAGGCAACAGUCCCCUUGGAAGUAGCAGAAGGGCCCAGCGGAAUCCUCCUCAUAGACAGGAAAGUGCAAUGCAGGCUGUAAUUAUUGUCUGGAAGUGUUUGGAUUAGGAAGGGAGCAACUAAAUGCCUUUAAUUGCUGGACACAGCUCAGUGUCCAUAAACACCUGUAGCCAGUAAUUACAGACCAUUCUGCUUUCCCACCCCCAGAGAAACUGAGCUGCAGCCAACUUAAUAGUUGCAUGAAGACAGAUGAUGCAAAAAGGGAGGUCACACUUUUGCACAAGUUUGACAAACACCGAUUUACAAGAAUGAAUGACUGCUUUGGAAGCCUAAAGGCUACAACAAAUCCUGCCUCUAUGACAGCAUCUAAACACACAUGUGCCGUAUUCUCCUCAUUUUUUUAAUUAAAAAUAUUGCAGCUAUCAGUGUCUUGCCAUUCAUCUUUACUGUAAGUACCAUAGAUUGUUUCUAAUGCUCAACAUGGUGAUGUGCUGCCAGGCUGUCCUGUCCCAGUUAACAAGGAAGAUUUAACAAGAGCUGCUGUAGCUAAAGUCUCAUUACUGUUAGGCGAUACACAGUUGCAUUCUGAGCUUCCUACUGUGCCACACUUAAGAUUUAAGUAGUUGAACUAAAUAACACCUGCUGAAAAUAAAAUGAU